AUGUCGGAUGAUCUCGUUUUUCUUCGUCAUCAUGGAACCCUGGAGUAUCGUGUCUGUCCGUUCGCCAACGAUCCCGUUCACGUCGAGCACGUUCGAGACGCAUAUGAGUGCGCCCUUCCCUAUUUGGUUGAAUGGUGUAGUUUGCUGGAGAGUGACGAGCACUGGCAUAUGAAGCAUUUCUCAUUACACGACAAGAGCGAGGUUUGCGUCCAGCGCUCAGAAGGCACGUCCUGGUCGACCAUGUACAUGAACCUGCCGCGCACCGCCGAUAUGUUCUUCUCGAAAGAGUUCGAGUCGCAGUUCGCCGCUAUGUUCGCUAAAUGCAGCGUUGUAUACGAUGCCGAGGACCUUACACUGCCGUGCAUCUGGAACGCCCCCAAACCGUUUGUCAAUAUCAUCUCGCUCUUGCAAUGCGUUCUCCCUGGACAACUUUUCUUUCUUUCCUAUACUGCCGAUGGAACGGUCGGACACGCGAAUUAUUAUCCCCCGCAUUAUUGGUGCGCAAGUCAUAUUGAAGAGGUCUUGGACGUCACCGGCGCUUGGCUUGGCUUGGAUAUCGAUGAUGCUGUUGAUGCUCGGAUCACGUAUUCGAUCCUUCGUCAAUACAUCAACUUUCACCGCAUCAUACCCAUCCGCGGUCCAGUUACCGACGCCGAGGCCAUUGUGCACACACACAGCGUGCCCUUCCGCUGGGCGCCCGAGAUGAUCUCCGCGGCAAUGGUUGAACUCGAACACCCUCUCACACCUCGGACUCCGCCUCAGCGCACCCCUUCGCCUGAGGAUAUAGAGGAUGGCGAAUAUCUGGACAUUCUUUCCACCCCUGUUCUUUCGUCUACAGCUUCUUCUCCGCUCGAUAGAGACAGAGAAGCGUCACUUCCUCCUUUCCUGGCUGAAAGUGAUUACGAGUCCGACGGCACUUUUGAGAGAGAGUGCAGUGUCUUUAUCCCAGGAUCACCUGCAGCAAGUUACUACGAUCCCGACUCACUGUACCACAUUCUUCACACCGAGGCCGUCGAGACAAUUGCGCCAACCAUGUCUGAAUCCAAUCAAGUCACCGUAUCAGAUUCUACCAGUCCCCAGGAGUACUCCGCUGAUCGAAAGUUGGAGCCGUCAGAGGAUCCCGAGACAGCACACAUCAUACACCCUUCGAAACGCUAUCGAUCGACACAAGAGCGGCGCUUCUUCACGUCGGAUGCUUAUGACGCCGGUCUCACUACUGGCGCAUCUUUGUCUCGUCGUCGACGGAACCGAAAGCGUCGGUUCAAGAUCCGCAAAGCCAAAUGGCACGCAGCGCAACACCGAGAGACUUCAAUGUAUCACUAUCCUACUCAGGCUGACAAACACAAGACAUCGAACAGGCAGCGUGUUAUCGAACCGCCUUUGAUCGACAGGAUGGGAGGAAACUCCGGACGGCUUUUGCCGGAAUAG